AUGUUGCAAACAACCCUGUCAAUACUUGCUAUAAAUCUGCUAGCCAAUUUGCCCGUCUCUGCUUGGCCUGAUGGUGCUCCUUGUCUUAGAACUGUAAUUGAUUCUAUGAAUCCGUUGGAAGCUGUGGAGCACCAGGGAGGACUGCAAUUAACUGAACCUCCUUUUCAAAUACAGUUGGAUGAGAAAUGCUAUAGACCUGGACAACCAGUUGCUUUAAUUCUUCGAGGCAAUGCAAGCACAUCUCUAUUUAAAGGAUUUUCAAUGCAACCAAUAAUUUUUAAUGGGGCUAGAACUGGUUUUAGAAGUGGACAAUUUGUUCAUCUUGAUGGUAAUUUAAUUUUUAAAAAUUCAAAAAAACUUUUUAAAGAUAAUGGUUCUUGGCAGUUUCAAUGUUUUAGACAACGCGAUUCUGUUACCCACAGUCACGAUGAGGGGAAGGAGAGAUUAAAAUUAUGGUGGAGGGGGGAUGGGCAAACGGAUACUGUUCAGUUUGUUGCUACAGUAGUACAGUCGUUACGCCGUUUUUGGGUUAAAUCUGUUCUAUCGGCCCCAUUACCUCCAUGUUCACUCUUUCCAAAUGGCUUAGGUUGGCUUUCUCCCCCUCCAACAACACCGCCGCCUGCUGAUACAUUUAAACUUGAAACAUUUCAGAUGUUUAAUGGUAAAGACUCUGCCCAACUUGAACAAGCAUUAAGCAGGAGUUUACCGGCUAGCAGACAUCAAGCGUUUCCGCAACGGAUAUUACAAGGACCAGGUUUUGGGCAACAGGCUCCUCGUUUCUUAGAGAAACCAUCAACAACCACGCCUCCUCCAACUUUUGCUGAACAACAACAACAAAGACCACAAUUCCAACCUUUCCAGUCUCGCGGUUUUGUCCCACCAUUGCGACCACAACAAGCAGGCAAAUUUUUAUUUUUUCUAAAUAAACAUUGGAAUGAUAUAAAAAAUGUGUUUAAGUUUGUCAUGACUCAUCCCCAAGUGCUUGCCUUCGUUGGCUUCCAUUCUGUGCAACAUCCGCAUGGAUGCAGCAGUUUUGUAAAGCAAGCUGUCGGCUUUGCUAACAAAAAAUUUUUUAAAUGA